ACCCUCCAAAACGAAACCACAACCUGAUUUCACGCUCUCACUCUCACUCACCCCUCUGCGGUAGUGCAUUUGGAGGAAUGGCGCUGAACUUAAGCGGAUCCGAUCUGGAAGAUGAGGAGCUGGAGCGCCAAGUGCAGGAAAUGGCGAAGAAGAUUCUCGAGUACAGAGCCACUUUACCAGACCAGCUCAAGAAUACCUUCGCCUCCAUUCUCGCUGCUCACCGGCCCGCUUUUUCCGAUAGGUCGGGUCCUGGGACGUCCGGAGCUUCGAGUUUAGAUGCAGGGCAAGUUGCUUCUAAUAAGGCAAGAUUACUGGCUGAUGGAGAUCAGACUUUCGAGAAGAUGCGACUGCACAAAGAUAAAGUUCCCAGCAAUGUUGCUGCCUUGCAUAUUGUUUUGAAGAGGGCGGAAGAAUGUUUCUUUAAGAUUGACGAAUUAGAUCCUCCAAAACCGAACGUCUGAGAACAAGGGGACUAGUUGACCGAGAUUGCAACCCUUUAAUGGCUUCUAUAUCUGCUGUUGAUUGAUGUAGAAUGACACAGAUGUUUUGAAUUUGGUCAUAUUUGAUUCGUACAAUCAAGCAAGACGAUGUUCAGCGUGAAUGUAAUUACCGAAGAAAGCGUGCUUUGAAUUCGAAGUUAUACCUUAAUAUGUUGCUAAUUUACCGGAAGGCUCCUCUUUCAGA